ACAAGGGGAAGUGAAAACGGUGGCCCUCCCGCAGGCCCGCAGUGAGCAUGGCACUGCCCGACGCCUCGCCAAGCAGGGUUAAAGCCGCUGGAUCAGCGCGGGACCCCCACCCACCCGUCCAGUGAGCCCCCGGGGAGCGAGCCCCGGUUUCCGCUGCAGAUGCGGCCGGAACCCCGGAGCCGCCCCGCCCAGCGCCCGGGGUUUCGAUUCCCGGCGGGAGCCCCGCCCCGCGCGCGGGCGCCGGAGUUGGUGGGACGAAUGUCGGGCCCCGCGGCAGCCGGCGCGACCCCCGGGGGCCCGGGCGAGGAGGCGCGCGUCUGGCGCUGCCCGGAGCACAGCGACCGCGCGGCCGAGCUCUUCUGUCGCCGCUGCCGCCGCUGCGUGUGCGCGCUGUGCCCGGUGCUGGGCGCGCACCGCGGCCACCCGGUGCACCCGGUGCAGGAGGCGGCGGCGCACGUGCAGAAAUUCAUCCAGGACUGUGUAAAGCAGUUGGCAACCAAGAAGCAGCAGGAAAUUGACAACAUAACCCAGAUCGAAGAGGCCACCGAGAAGCUGAAGGCACAUGCAGAGUCGAGCAAAACCUGGCUGACCAGGAAAUUCAGUGAACUCAGGUUACUCCUGGAUGAGGAGGAGGCACUGGCCAAGAAGUUCAUUGAUAAAAACACGCAGCUCACCCUCCAGGAGUUCAGGGAGCAAACUGAGUCCUGUAAGGAGCAAAUCGACGUCAUAAGCGAGCUGUCCACGAGGGUGUGGAGCAUCAGGCAGUGGUCGGACCCGGUACAGCUGCUGCAGGAGUUCUUGGCCACGGAGAAGCACCUGCUGCAGCAGCUGAGCCUGGGGGAGCUGUGCCACCCGGUGCCUCUGUCCUUCGAGCCCGUCAAGAGCUUAUUUAAAGGCUUCGUGGAGGCCGUGCAGGGCACGCUGCAGACGCCACUGGAUGUUCGCCUGAAGGAAAGCGUGACCUGCCAGCUCACGGGCUCCUCCAGCACCGGCCAGGGCGCCCUGUUGAAAACGAGCCUCUUUCCCGAGCGGCCCCUCUUCUUAAAAUACGCGCGCACGCCCACGCUGGAACCGGACACGAUGCACGCGCGCCUGCGCCUCUCCGCCGACCGCCUGACGGUGCGCUGCGGCCUCCUGGGCCGCCUGGGCCCGGCGCCCGCGCUGCGCUUCGACGAGCUGUGGCAGGUGCUGGGCCGCGACGGCUUCGCCGCGGGCCGCCACUACUGGGAGGUGGACGUGCAGGAGGCGGGCGCCGGCUGGUGGGUGGGCGCGGCCUACGCGUCCCUGCGGCGCCGCGGGUCCUCGGCCGCCGCCCGCCUGGGCUGCAACCGCCAGUCCUGGUGCCUCAAGCGCUACGACCUCGAGUACUGGGCCUUCCACGACGGCCAGCGCAGCCGCCUGUGGCCCCGCGACGACCCCGGCCGGCUCGGCGUCUUCCUGGAUUACGAGGCCGGCGUCCUGGCCUUCUACGACGUGGCGGGCGGCAUGCGGCACCUGCACACCUUCCGCGCGGCCUUCCAGGAGCCGCUCUUCCCGGCCCUGCGCCUCUGGGAAGGGGCCAUCAGCAUCGCGCGGCUGCCCUAGGGGCCCUGCCGACCCCGGGCCCGGCCGCGGCGCGCGCUCCACCGCCCGCUCCCCACGCCUGCGCCCCCGCGCCCCCGACCCCUCUCCCAGGUGGCUUCAGACGUGCCCGGACUGCACACCUGCUGCUGCCCGUGGAGCACGC